UGACGGUUGUGUACCGGCGGAAAUUUUUUCCAAAAACGCGUGCUUGUUUGUGUGUUCGUGUAUGUGUAGUGGUGCGAAUACUAAAGCCGGUAAAAAUGCCGCAAUUCAAUGUGGAUGGUGGAACAUUGUUUGUUGUUGGAAGUUUAAGUUGAAUUUGAUGAAGUUGCCCGAAUUCGCUUAAACAGAUGCACGGAAAUCGGGUUAGUUUGGAGAGAAGUGAAAAAAUAAAUAUAGAUAUUAAAGGUGUAAAUAUUUUCAAAGUGUGUACUUGUAGCGUGACCCUUAUCAAACAUGCAGUGCAAAAAAUAAUGAAUUUCUCGACGUAGUGGAAGUGGAAAUAAAUUAACUUUUCUAAAAUAUGCUAUAAAGCAACUGAGUAAUAAAAUUUGUAAAGAAAAUAAGGAAAAACCGGAAAAGAAGCAAAAUACAACGAAAUAAAAAAUAACUAUAAAAUAGACGUGAAAAUUAUACGUAAAUAAAAAAUGUUAAAUUCAUAAAUUAUAAAAGGCAUUAGGAAAAAUUUGCAAAGACUAGAAAAUACAAAAUUAAAUCGAAUUACGCUAUCGAAGCUUAAACUCUCAUCUAAACGCGUGAAAUAAGCAAAAAAUAACAUAAAUUCCAAUUCCACCAAAAAUGGAAUUGAAAUAAAAGUAACAACUUGCAAUAUAUUUACAAAGGCAGCUGCCACAGCAACACUCAAGCUGUAUUUCAGCAUAAUUCACUCGCCUACCAUGAAACUCUAAUGCGUCUGUAAAGCCUCAAAGCACACAGGCUGUACCUACAGUGGAUUUUCAACAACAGGCCAAUGAAUUUUGUCUAGUGACUAUACACACACACACAUACACCAAUACAUACAUGCAAAUAAUUGUAACUGUUACGGCAAUAAUAAUAAUAGCAGCGUGUAAAAUAUUGGAGCAGUGGCAACAUUAUAAAAUAGCAGCGCAACGAUGCAUACUUUUUGGCGCUUUGCAAAAGGCACACAAAGUGCCGAAAUGACCCAAAUGAAAUUGCGUGCGCCGACAACAAAGUCCACAGCGACAACGACUGCCGCGUUGCUAACAGCCGAGAAUCCAGCGACAACAACAAAAGCAGCGACGCCAUCGCACAUAAUGAAAAUGAAACGGAAACGUAAAAUACCGGAAAUUUCAUUGCUAAUUGUAGCAAUUUGGAUUAACAGCUUCUGGCCGUGGCCUGGCGGUGGCAGCAGUGGUGGUGGUGGUGGCGGUGGUGGUCCAUUACCGCUCGUGUACUGCUCGCAUAUGUCCGCCUCAGCGGCUGGCGGUGUUGCCGCCUAUACAGUCGACGCCGCACACCUGCACACCAGCGAUAUGCACAGUCAUCACUAUGAUGAUGAUGGCGGCGGUGGUGCGGGUGGUGGUAGCAGUAGUAGCAUGGAAAAUAUCGCAAUGCAUGGCGGCGGUAUGCCAGAGGAAUCAGAGGAGCGCGAUCACAUAGCCCAUCAUUUUGGUAAGUUUUUGUCGCCUUAA